AGAUAUCUUAAUGAAAUGUUAUACAGUUGUUUUAGUUAAUUUCCGUAACAAACAAUUAAAAAAUCAAAAACACAUGAAAUGUCAUAAGUUCACCUAAUAGUUCAAAAGCCUUGACCAAAAUUGUCAUAGCUGGUAGAACCUAAAGUAGAAAGAAUCUACAAAAUCUUUAAGCAGACACACUUAUGUAUGUUCGUUACACAUCUUAUCAAUAACUGAUAACACCGUCUUACAAGACUAAACAACGUAUAGAGUGUGUCUAUAUUUUACUGAUAAUUUACCCACAAAAUAAAUUGGUCAUUUGCCGCUAAAAACACACAUAAAGUCCACGUUACCGAUAAAGGUUUUCUGUAGUUCUUCACAAGUCGUACGUACGACAACAUCCACCAUGAACCGAAGAAGUUUAGCGGCAUUUAGCAUUUUAUUUACAGUGUGCUUAACAUGGCAAGUAUCACAAGUGAAUGCAGCCAAUAUUUUGGGUAUCUUCACCAGCCACAGUACCUCACAUUUAAUUGUCCACAUGUCGGUGGCUAAAGUUCUGGCAGAAAACGGACACAAUGUGACCAUAGUGGCUUCUCAAGUACCCAAAGUUAAACAUGAUAAAAUAAACAUGAUAAUCAUACCACCCACCGCAGAAGUAGAGGAACUGAUCGGUAAGGCAAUGAAAGGAAUGGCCACACAGAAAACCUCAUUUAUCUCCACCAUAAGUAACUUUUUUGGUUCCUUGAAACCCAUGAUCGAUAUGCAAGCUGACAUGUUGAAGGAUCCCCGCUUUACAGUGCUGUAUGAGAAUCCUGAUACGAAAUUUGAUUUGGUUAUAAUGGGUUAUUUCAUGAACACUUUUGUGCUUGGCAUGGGAGCUAGAUUUAAGGCACCAAUCGCCAUCAGUUGGAUGGGACCACCAAUGAUAAUGAGUGACAUUUUUGUGGGCAAUCCAAGCGAAGUUUCUUAUGUGCCUGAUACCAAUAUGCUUACGAAAGUUGGUGAAAAAAUGACGUUCUUACAACGUCUGCAAAAUUUAGGUAUGAAUUUGUUCCUUAGAUUCAUUAAACAGCUGAUGGAUAUUCGCAUGCGUAAUUUUUACGAAGAACUCUAUCCAACUGAUGGCUCUUUUCCAACUUUGAAAGAUAUGGAAAGAAAUGUUUCAUUGAUAUUUUGCAAUAGCCAUUUUACCGAAGGUCCUGUCAGACCCAAUGUACCAGCUGUUAUUGAAAUUGGUGGUAUUCAAGUUAAGGAUACACCCGAACCCUUGCCAGAGGAUAUUGCUCAAUUCCUUGAUAGUGCCAAUGAAACCGGAGCCAUACUUUUCAGUUUAGGUUCCAAUCUUAAAGGAUCGAGUAUUAAAUCCGAAACGACCACAUAUAUUUUUAAUGUCUUGUCAAAACUAAAACAAAAAGUUGUUUGGAAAUGGGAAGAUUUAGAUAAUACACCUGGAAAAUCCCGCAAUAUACUUUACAAAAAGUGGAUGCCUCAAGAUGACAUUUUGGCACAUCGCAACAUAAAACUGUUCAUUACGCAUGCCGGUAAAGGAGGAGUAGCUGAGGCCCAAUAUCAUGGUGUUCCUAUGGUGGCUUUACCCGUUUUUGCCGACCAGCAUGGUAAUGCUAAGAAAAUGGUAGCCGCGGGCUAUGGCCGUGAUGUGGAAUUGAUGACAUUGACCGAAGAGAGUCUCAAUGAGGCCGUCCUGGAAGUCCUUACUAAUCCACAGUACAAAGAAAAUGUACACAAGUUUUCCAAACUUUAUCGUGAUCGCCCUCUAACAGCCCGAGAAAAUGUUGCCUAUUGGACAGAAUAUGUUAUACGUCAUCAUGGUGCUGCCCAUAUGCAAAGUCCCCUGGUGCAUAUGACUACCAUAGAGAGUCUAAAUUUAGAUGUUUAUUUGUUUAUAUUUAUGGUCCUCUAUAUUAUAUAUAGACUAAUUAAAUUGAUAGUAUUGUUUAUAGCUUGUAAAGUAUGUAAAAAGUGUUCAAAGUCUAGUACAAAGAAGGCGAAGAAAAAUAAAAAGGUUAAGUCGCAAUAAAAUAUUUAUUUAUAUUGUAUAUCGAAUUAUUUUUUAUAAUAAAAUAUUUGUCAUUUA